AUGCUCUCAGGCAGGUGGUGGCCAAGUACCUGGGGGAGCCUCGGGCUGGGGCCCAGCAGCCCUUCUCGAGGAUCCCGGCUCUGCGCCCUCUAUGGCUUUACCUACACUGGGGCAGAUGGCCGGCAGGUGUCCCUGGCUGAAGGGGACAGAUUCCUCCUGCUGCGAAAGACCAACUCAGACUGGUGGUUGGCAAGGCGCCUGGGAGCCCCCGCGACAUCGCGGCCCAUCUUUGUCCCUGCUGCCUACAUGACGGAGGAAUCCACCCCUUCCCACAACGCCUCCAGCCAGUCUCUCUGGAUCCCAGGGCCAAAGUUGUUUCCUGGCUCCCUAGAGGAGCUGCACCUGCCUCAGUCACCUCCAGGCCCGACCCAGAUGACUUUUGAACAGCCUCCCCCUCUUCCCCCCAAAAUGUGUAGAAGUGUCAGUGUGACCAAUCUGAGGUCCCCCCUUCUGAGGACCUUCCAGGAAGUACCAAGUGGAAGAUCCCUGUCCCAGGAGGACUUGCUGGAGGAGGCCAGUGUCACCAUGGCGGGACCCCAGCCUCUCAUGUCAGAGCCUCCGGUGUACUGUAACCUGGUGGACCUUCGCCGCUGCCCGUCGUCGCCGCCCCCCAGCCCCGCCUGCCCCCCGCUGCAGAGGCUGGACGCCUGGGAGCAGCACCUGGACCCCGUCUCGGGACGCUGCUUCUACGUCAACUCGCUGACCGGCUGCAAGUCCUGGAAGCCGCCGCGCCGCGCGCGCGCCCGGGACCAGAACCCCGGCUCCAUGGAGGGGACGCAGACCCCGCACCAGGACAGCCCCGCCCCGCGUCCUCAGGCCGGGGGCCCGGGCUCGGCGGCGGGGACCCCCGAGCUGCCCCACCCCCAGGAGGUGGAGAAGUCAGGCCAGCUCAACGUGACCAAAAUCGCCCUGGGGGGGCGCAAGCUCAGGAAGAACUGGAGCCCGUCUUGGGUGGUACUAGCGGGGAACAGCCUGGUGUUCUACCGAGAGCCGCCGCCGUCAGGGCCCUCUGCGCUGUGGGGCCCCGCGGGCAGCCGGCCCGAAAGCAGCGUGGACCUGCGCGGGGCGGCCCUGGCGCACGGCCGCCACCUGUCCAGCCGCCGCAACGUCCUGCACAUCCGGACGGUCCCGGGCCACGAGUUCCUGCUGCAGUCGGACCAGGAGACCGAGCUGCGCGCCUGGUACCGAGCUCUGCGGGACGUCAUCGAGCGCCUGGAUCGGGAGAACCCCCUGGAACUGCGAUUGUCGGGCUCGGGGCCGGCAGAGCUGGGCGAGCUGAGCGCUGGGGAGGAUGAAGAAGAGGAGCCGGAGCCGCUUUCGAAGUCACUGUUGCGGAUCGCGGGCCGGCGCAUCUCCAGUCGCGGUCCUGAAGGAACUGAGCAAAGCCGCGUGCGCAACAAACUGAAGCGGCUGAUCGCCAAGAGGCCAUCCAUACAAAGCCUGCAGGAGCGGGGUCUGCUCCGAGAUCAAGUGUUCGGUUGCCAGUUGGAAUCUCUGUGCCAGCGAGAAGGGGGUACCGUGCCUAACUUUGUACGACUCUGUAUUGCUGCCGUGGACAAGAGAGGUCUCCAUGUGGAUGGGAUUUACCGGGUCAGCGGGAACUUGGCAGUGGUCCAGAAGCUUCGAUUCCUGGUUGACAGAGAGCGUGCAGUCACCUCUGAUGGCAGAUACGUGUUCCCAGGACAAGAAAGCUGCUUAGAUUUAGACAGUGCUGAGUGGGAUGACAUUCACGUGAUCACUGGUGCUCUGAAGCUGUUCCUCAGGGAGCUACCCCAGCCUCUGGUGCCCGCAGUGCUGCUGCCACAGUUCCGUGCCACCCUUGCACUCUCGGAACCAGAGCAGCGCUUGUCCCAAAUACAAGAAUUAAUCAGCUCCAUGCCGAAGCCCAACCAGGACACUCUGCGGUACCUCCUGGAGCAUUUGUGCAGGGUGAUAGAACACUCCGAGGAGAAUCGCAUGACCCCCCACAACCUGGGAAUUGUGUUUGGACCAACUCUGUUUCGGCCUGAGCAGGAGACCGCUGACCCCGCAGCGCAUGCGCUCUACCCGGGGCAGCUGGUGCAGCUGAUGCUCAUUGACUUCCGCAACCUCUUCCCGUGACCGGACUAGGAGGAA